AAUCACCAGCCAAGCGCCUCCCACCUCCAAAUUUUGACUGUAAACAUCCCGCCGAGAGCGCGCGCCAUCUUUGUCGGAUUCAAUGAGAGGAAACGGUUGCUAACUUCUCUCCGCAGGAGGGGAGAGAAUAGCCUAGCCGCGAUCAACACGGAUAAGAUAUUUUGAAUGGUGUAGCAGAAAGCUCUCAGAGCUUUGACCAGACACCAGGGCCAUGUUUUACGCCCACUUCGUCCUCAGUAAACGUGGGCCGCUGGCCAAGAUCUGGCUGGCGGCCCAUUGGGACAAAAAACUGACCAAAGCACACGUCUUUGAAUGCAACCUGGAAAGCAGCGUGGAAAGCAUCAUUUCACCAAAGGUGAAAAUGGCUCUGCGUACAUCUGGCCAUCUUCUCCUGGGCGUGGUGAGGAUCUACCACAGAAAAGCCAAAUAUCUUCUGGCUGAUUGUAAUGAAGCCUUCAUCAAGAUCAAAAUGGCUUUCCGCCCAGGUGUCGUUGAUCUGCCGGAAGACAACCGUGAGGCUGCAUACAAUGCCAUCACUUUACCAGAGGAGUUCCAUGAUUUUGACCAGCCUCUUCCUGAUCUGGAUGAUAUAGAUGUAGCGCAGCAGUUUACCCUGAACCAGAGUCGUGUUGAGGAGAUCACCAUGAGGGAGGAAGUAGGAAACAUCAGCCUCAUGCCCGACAAUGACUUUGGUGACUUUGGCAUGGAUGAUCGUGAGAUGAUGAGAGAGGAGAACGCUUUUGAGGUGGACAUCAUCCACGGAUCCUCUGCCACCACCCUGCUUCUGGAAGCGGAGCCUGGUCCCGCUCACCUCCCGGACAAACCCACUAACCUCGACUACGACGACUUUGGGGAUAACCUGGAGAACAGCGAUGGUGGAAUUCUGAUGGAUAAGAUUCUGAGCAAUGAAGAUGGUGGUGGUAUAUUUGAUGACCCGCCAGCUAUCACUGACAGCGUGAUGAUGCCUCAAGACCAUGGCGACGAUGAAGACGACUUUGAUAAUUUUUCUCCGCCUGGCGGUCCUGACAGUCCAGAAUCUGGCCCAGUGGAGCCUCUUCCCAACACCACAGACCAGACAGAGCAGACCACUCUGGUGCCCAAUGAAGACGAAGCUUUCGCUCUUGAGCCCAUCGACAUUACUGUGAAAGAAACCAAGGCUAAGAGAAAGAGGAAGCUCAUCGUCGACAGCCUGAAGGAGUUGGACAGCAAGACUAUCCGUGCCCAGUUGAGCGAUUACUCCGAUAUCGUCACCACACUGGAUUUGGCUCCUCCUACUAAGAAGCUGAUGAUGUGGAAGGAGACUGGAGGUGUGGAGAAGCUGUUCUCAUUGCCUGCUCAGCCCCUCUGGAACGGACGUCUGCUGAAGAUGUUUACUCGCUGCUUGACUCCACUGGUGCCUGAUGACCUGAGGAAGAGGAGGAAGGGAGGGGAGGCCGACAGCCUGGAGGACUUCCUGAAGGAGCUGGAGAACCCAGAAGUGCCCAGAGAGGAGGCGCUGGGUCACAGGAGUGAUGUGAUUGAUCAGACCAUCAUGGAGGAGCCCAGUAUGCUGCAGGCGUCCUCUGUGGAGGGCAGCAGAACCGCUCUUGACGAGUCCAUGAUGCCGCCUCCGUCUCGCCAGCGUGGAGUGAAGCGCAAAUCGCUUGAGAACGAAGCAGUGUUGCCUCAAAUGGCAGUGUUGGAUCAGACGCUUCAGCCCGUGGAUCAGUCGGUCCUUUCCCAUCAGCUCGACAUGCCCCAGGUGGAUCUUCCUCCUGAGGACAUCAGCAACCUCUCUAGACUGGUGCCAGAGUUCGACCUGUUAGAUGACAAGAACAAGGAGAAGGACAAGGACGACAGCGACGAAGAGGGCGAAGAGGGACAAGGAGGAGACCAGGACCAAGAGGAGAGAAGGUGGAACAAGAGAACUCAGCAGAUGCUUCACGGCCUUCAGCGUGUGGUGGCUAAAACCGGAGCCCAGUCUAUCAGCCUGCUCGAGCUGUGCAGAAACAACAACAAGAAACAGGCUGCGGCCAAGUUUUACAGCUUCCUGGUGCUGAAGAAACAGCAGGCCAUCGAGCUGACGCAGACAGAGCCAUACAGUGACAUCGUCGCCACGCCUGGACCGCGGUUCCAUAUUGUAUAGAAGCAUACCCUCUAUUUUUUUUUUUUUCUUUUUUUUUUUUUUAUUAGUUGUAUUUAACAAUUUUGUUUUGCUACUGUUGCUUUUUGUAUCUGUUUGUGUCCUUUGGGGCCAAUUUAAAGGUUUUAAGUCAAACCCAAUAGAUCAUGAAGACAUUGUACCCUCAUAGUAAGGUGUUAUAUGCUAGUGCAUGUUGGACAUCCAUAUUGUCAAACCAUUGGGAUCUUUCAGUUUCACUACUUGUUGUUUUCCCAUCGUUCUGUUUUUAUUUUCCUUCAUAAGCUUUAUCUCAGUAAGUUUUACAUUUGUAGUAGAGUUAGUUAAGUGUACAUUUUAACUUUUUAAUAAUGUCACAAUUGAGAGACAAAGGUUUAUUUUUGGAAACCCAAGUGGAUUUAAUGACACAACAGUUCAAUGUUUUGUAUCUCUCUUUUAAUGGCAAUUAUGAUUAUUAAAGGUUUCUUAAACUCCUACAUACAAUUGGAAUUUUUAUGCACUUGUGAUUAAAUUUUGAUAUUGAUUGAAAAAAA